AUACGGUAAAGCGCUCUAUACGUGUUGUAUCAGGUAUACCGAUAUCUAUGAUGUCUGCUUUGAAGGUCGCCGUGUUUAUGGGGAGUUUGAGAGAGGGAAGAAAUGGGGAGAGAGUGUUGAAGAUGGUCCUUAACGAGCUGUUGAACUACGAAGUAACUGUUCUAGAUGCCAGGGAGCUAGAAGGCAUGGGGUUCCCCUUGCUGAAAAAGCCAUUACACUUCUAUAAAGAGGAUUCAUUAUCUGAAGCUCCGGCAGAACUCCGUAGAUUGAAUGAAAAGGUCAAAGAGGCCGAUGCAUUUGUGUUUAUAACUGCAGAGUACAACGCCACCUGUCCGCCAGGCCUCUUUAAUCUGAUUGACCAUUUUCCACUGAAGUCCUUUGCCUUUAAGCCGUCCAGUAUCAUCGCAUAUUCUGUUGGGCCAUUCGGUGGUAUUCGAGCAGCCACAGCUCUGCGCUCCGUCUUGUCUGAAAUCGGCACCAUCAGCAGCCAGGCUCAGUGCAUCAUUCCAUCUGUUACGACGGCAUUGUCAGCAGAUGGGACUCCGAUCGAAAAGGUUAAGAAGAAAGUAGAAAGUGUGAUCAAAUACCUGGAGUGGUACGCAGAGGCUAUCAGGGACAAGAAGGCGAAAACUGGUCUGCCAGAAUGAGAACUCAGGAAUUUUGCUGUUAAUAGCAAUUUAUAGAAAGUCCCUCUAGUACUGUAGUCCAGAAAACAUUUUGCAGCAUGUUUAUUUUACACGGGUCUCAGGACUUCUAGAAAUAGAACCACACACUAGUUCAUCAAAUUGCUCAUCCUCAUUAGGAGCAACAGUAGACACGAGCCAGUCCCUGUUCUGGCAGAGAAAAACUCAAGGGUAGAAACUGAAGAAGAGCAUUGCCACCACAGAAUAAAAUUGCUUGGACAAAGGAUUCUGACGAGUCUACAGCAGUUAUACCAGGUAGCAAUGUUUGAAAAAAGUGGAGAUCUUUUAUGUGUAACAAUACUUUUAUUCAAAAACAUCAACAACUUCCACCAUAUAACAAUGUACGUUGUACAACCAUGAUAGAAAUCAUCAAAUAUAAAGACCCAGGCACACUACACUGGUGACCUCUGUACACAAUGUGGCUGACAGGAUAUUACAAAUGGACUGGUCAAGGCCUGGGUCUAUGCAUUUGCAAAGGGGUACAAGGUGCAGCAACAAUACAAACAAUAGUACAUACAUACAUACAUAAAACUCCUAAGGGCAGGUGCCUUUCUUGGACAGAUUUGAUCAAACACCCCUACAAAAGGGCCAUAAUGACCACAUCACACAAUUACAUAAACAGUUGUGAAAAUAAUCUUGCUUUUGCGAGACAUUCAAUAUUGCACCCCAGCCAUGACUAAUUGUCCUGUGCCAGAAUGUGUAUUUACCAACCACCAUACACCUUACUUCAUAACCUAUUCUAUGUGGAAUUUAACAAUGGUCAUUCAGUUUUUGAAGCAUACAAAUGUUAUAAGGCCAAUAAAGUCUGGUUUUCAUUCAGAAAAUACCCUGGGAGACUUUGGAAGAUGUUGAGGCCACUACAGUACUUCAUGAUUCUAUUUUUAUUGCACCAAACUGUAAUCACAAUGAAAGGCAUAAUCAUUGUUUUGGUCCCAGCACACCACAUGUGAGGCACCAAGCUCAGGUUUUAUGCAUCUAAACCCAAUCAGGGGACCGUUCUUGAAAUUAUAUUCAUGCAUAGAGGAGUUGCACUUCGUCUGGCAACCUUCAGUUCUGUAAAAACAAAUGCAUUUUACACAGAAAACAGAGUUACUAUUGCCACAGAUCUGACAAAAGAUUCAUACUCCACACUUCAAAACUUUAGACAACAAAGAAUCACAUUUUAGUUUUGAAAUACCACUUCAGAAACAUCACAGAAGCCAUUAUCAUUUAAGUCUGAAUACGUGCUGAUAGACUGUUAACUCAAUCAUACGUCAUCACAAUUUGUGAUCUAUUUUAAUGGAAUAUACAGGGUGACCCAAAGAAAACAAACAAUGGGUGUUGAAAAAGUGCCUUUCUAUUUUUCGAGCCACCCUCAUGAGAGCACUUCAACUCCAGAGCUACAAACCCAAGUUGAUAUGACUCACUCAUGACCAAUUUAACAGUCACCAUAGUUUUCAGACAACAUGCAUAGUACCAUAAUCAUUGACAAUACUGCUCAAGAAACAAGGCCUAGCUCGGAAGCACACCUAACACAAAGCACCAAUGCAUCCACAUUAUUUGCUUCUUACACAUGUGAACUAUAACAAAACAGAGCAAAUAUCUUACAAGGUCACUUUGGUCAUCAUAAAGAUUGCAACUUAACUGUAAACUGUCCUCUGAAUUUAGACAUCUUACAACAAUUAAUAUAACAUCCUUUAGUCAAAUUCCAGACCAUCUUUACUCUACGAAUUUCAAAAAACAAAACGCCAUACCAUGAUGUCAUGAGCACCAAGAGUGAAAAUCAAAACCUGCACAAAAACAUAUUUUUCAAGAAGUGUUCUAACAAAUGUUUUUAUUCUAAUCUAUAAGCUCCACUCCACUUACAAGUACACAAAGGCUCAAAAUGUCUCGGCAGCUGUUGAGAACUGACAGGAAAUUGGAAUGACAAGUCAUUUCCAAUCGGCAGAGAAUGAGAUAUUUUAAAAUCUACAUGUACAGGGAGAGGUCCAGCUCAGUUGGGACCUAAUGAAACAACAGGCUCUUAAACACUGCUUUAAACAGAUAACUUGGACCCGCCGUGAACUUUAUUGCCAACCGGUCAAUUUGCAAACUGCUCCAAAACAUAUCUUGAGCCACAAUAUUCACAAGCACCAGACUAGUAAAACUUCUCAACCAGGAGAUGACACCGGAGAACGGCCAUCAGCUCUUGAAAGAUUUUGGCGUAAUGAGGAUGGAAUCGGCAACUGAAAUCAAACUUGAAAAUAUACAUCAGGAUAUCAGUAUUGAGCAAAGGAGUUCAUGAAAUACGGAAAUACACCAAGUCUCACAUUAGAAUAAGGUGUUUAUUGUUGCUACUGAAGGGGACUUCAACCUUAUGCUUUACUUCAGACGGGCAUGAUCAUUGCUAUCAACAACUGGCAUCUGCUGGUGUAGACAAGAGCACUUCGGCUAGAUACACAUGUAGCGGAGGCAUGAGAAAAUACAAUGAACCCGCAGCAUAGGCCUCCUGGCAAACUGUCCUGAAUCAAUGAUACGUGUAUGUUGAUAGUGCUGCCACUGAUUGGUAAAAAUCGGAACAAAAAGAAGCAGUGUACUUACAUGAUUUAUGAAUUAAUUUUUGGAGGAUUAGGCCAAGGAAACUUUUCUGUUCGGAAUCUUCAGACAACGGACUGAAAUACCUGCAGAAACAGAGAAAGACAAUUCAGAAACAUUUCCAAUGAAAUAACGUAAGCUUGCACAGGCCUCAGAAAAAGGCCAGCCGAUUGAGAAGUUAGGAUUUAGGAACAAAGGAUGUAAUUUGGGCUCUCCUUGGCCUAUAUUUAGCAUGUUUGUUUACACUUGCUGUGCUUCCCCUGAAUUCUAAAUUGGUAAACUUACCAUCCAAGAUGUGCAGCACACCUUGGACAAAUCAAUAUCUGCCAGGAGAAUCCAGGAAACCAGGUAUACUCCUCAAAAGACUGCAAGGAAAAAAUGACAAUGAAUCACGUGUAUACCGAGUCAACAAAGGAAUAAAAUUAGAUGAAUCGCUCUGGAGUUCAAGCUUAUAUGGCAGGCCAAUGGAAGAAAUCGUUCAGGAUUGAUUUCUGAGACCUUGUACGUAGAACUUCAUCAGUCUGCCAAUAGCAUUCCGCGAAGAUGACGUCACUGCAGCUGCUGCCCUCUAUUUCCCCAUCGCUGAAUUACAGGCAAUGUCGGACAAACAUGCGGUUUCGUAAUGGAUUCAGGCUUUCUAACUAGGGCAGUUAGAUUCAAUCUGGCACAUGUCCGAGUGUUGGAAAUACUACAUAAUUGUUCUGAAUAUUUCUCUCUCUGACUCUAUGGUAUCAUUCAUGCUAAAAACAAUGCAGGGUCAAGAUAAUUGACUUUGAAAUAAGGUCAAAUGCGUAGAAAUAAGUGUCGAUGUCCGACUGUCACGUGACUAAAACGUCAUCAAUAUCUUAUGCAAAUGACCUUGUGAGCUAUAAAUAGUAACUUCGCGGCAUGCAAUUGCAUUAAUUGCCAUUCCUAUAAUUCCUUUACACGUAGUCCUAUCCUACCCACCUGGUCAUGUUUGAUAACAUCACCGUCACUCACAGUCACUACCUCAAAUGUUGUACCUAGAAAAGGAAUAAAAUGUAGUUUCAUUCAUGUUA